AUGAAGUUUGUAGUGUUUAAUCUCGUCUUAGUUUGUGCAGCGUGGGCGUCACCGAGGUUGGACCCGUUAGUGGACACGAAGAAGGGUCUGAUCCGGGGUCUGCAGGCGUCCGAUGGGGACUACUCUAUGUUCUUGGGCAUUCCCUACGCGAGGGUCAACGAGAGCAAUCCGUUUGGGCCGUCUGUACCACACCCCGAUUUCGAAGAAGUCUUCGAGGCAUACGACGACUCUGCAAUAUGUCCGCAAGUCGAGAGUUUCGAAAACGAAAUCGUAGGAUCCCUAGACUGUCUCCACCUCAAUAUAUACGUCCCCAACAAGGCUACCACAAGAAACCGUCUUCCAGUCCUCGUUUGGAUACACAGCGGUGAUUUCCGAAGAGGUUUCGCAGGACGCUUCAUAUACGGCCCCAAGUUUUUAGUAAGAAAGGACAUAAUCUUAGUAACAAUCAACUACCGACUGGGUCCUUACGGUUUCAUGUGUCUGGACACACCUGAGAUACCUGGCAAUCAAGGUCUGAAAGAUCAGCUGAGUGCAUUGCGAUGGGUGAAGGAAAACAUCGACGCAUUCGGAGGCGACGUCAACAAGAUUACUAUAUCUGGGUCGAGCGCUGGAGCAGUGUCAGUUGAUUUCCAUCUUUUGUCUGGACAAGAGAAAUUAUUCAAUAAUGUUAUAAUGCAGAGCGGAACCACCCUGUGUCCGUGGGUAAUGGCAGGGGCCACUGCAGAUGCCCCUAUGAAAAUAGCCGCACACCUUGGCUUGAAAACAGAAAACAACGCCGACGCUGUGAAGUUUCUAUCAACAGUCGAACCCAAGCUGGUGAUAGCCGCUACUUCAGAGCUCUCUCUGAAAUUCCGUCCAUGUGUAGAAAAGGACUUCGAUGGAGUGGAGAAGUUUGUGGCGGAACACCCCAUCAAUAGUCAGAUUCCAAAAGCGAAGAACAUAAAAAUUCUCGCCGGCUACAACAACCGGGAGAUGCUUCACGAUUACGCAAACAAAUCCCCAGAGAGCUACGAUAAUGACCUAUUCAGCCAAAAUCUGGAGAAAGUGUUUGAUUUUAACGACGAUGGAGACAUGGAGCAGCUGGUCCGUCAGUUCUAUAUCGGCGAUGAGAACAUCAGUGAGGAUGUGAAAUGGAAUCUGCUGGACUUUGACUCUGAUUUCACCUUUAACCAUCCGGUGCACAGGAACCUGCAGAAGUAUCUAGAGAACGCUGGAACGGUAUACCACUAUAUAUUCUCAUACGCGGGUGGCAGAAAUUAUUAUAAAAUCAAGCACAACAUUACAGAGGACGGUGCAGCCCAUGUUGAUGAAACUGGCUACCUCUUCGAUGUAUCAAUAUUGCCUGACAGCAUUUCGGAUGAAGAUCAACUUUUCAUUGACAGGAUCACGACGUUGUGGAGUAACUUUGUGAAAUAUGGAGACCCCACACCUACAACAUCGGAACUGCUGCCGGUGAAAUGGACGCCCAUAGACAAGAACGUCUUAAAUUACUUGGCCAUAGACACGGAACUGACAAUGAAGAGGAGACCUUUCUACGAUCGAAUGGCUUUCUGGGACCUGUUCUUCAGGAUGAACAAGCAGUUUAUGAACGGUUACAACGGAGAAUAG